GGCUGUUUGGGGCCUUUUGGGCCCAAUACCAGUUCUUGUCUUUGAAGAAGACUCUCACCCCCCAUGCUAUCUUAUUAAUAGUGACCCGAACAAAAGCCGGAAAGCGAGAGGGCCCAACUAGUCUGCCCCCUGGUAAAUGGAAAAAAAGAGAGAAGGAAAAAGAUAAAACAAAGAGGAGGCGAAGAUUAUGCAGAUUCUUUACACGUGUCAAUUGUGGAGCGAGUUCUAUCUUCCGGACUGACGUCAGCGCGUCAGUAUUCAUUAAGUCAUCUUGUGCAAGAUAUUAGUUGGAUCAACAGCUAUGUUGGCCGCAGGUCAGCCGGCCCUUGCUCUGCCUAGAAGCUCCUCCCCUGGGCAAGGAGUGUGUAAAUGCUCCCCAUUUACCGCAAUAAACCACAAUCUAGGCAAUGCUGCACAGUGCGGCAUUGACUUUCACAGUCGUUACUGCUGCAAUGAUGGAGGGGUAAUGGCAAUGCAGACACCUAGUCAUACGAGCAGUGGCGUUGUGGUCGAUUCCACGGCUACUUUCUGUAGCUUCGGAUUCCUCGGUAAGAGGAGACUGGCCCUCGGUGGCCGGCGGCUUGGUGAUUGGCAGAAGAGUUCAACUUUGCUGAUUCCGGCGGUGCACAGACAUACAACCUGGUUUUCCCAAACAGGGGCUCAUCAUGGAUGUCAUUCUCGAACACGGCAUCGGGGAAGAAUUAUGUUCCACCAUCGUCCCAUUCAUUCGUCUGAACUCCCCUUCUUUGUGGCAAUUCCAUCAGCGGGACUCGUCGUCGACAUUGGGGCUCGUGAGGGGUUAGCUACGCACCUUGCCCGACAAGCACCGCGUUUACGAAGUUCUCGGUGCAAGCUGAGCUUCGGCAGCCAAUCAUCACCUGACAGUGUUGCUUCUCUCGCCCCCGAACGGUCACCUCCUUUCAAUAUUUAUGACGACAAAGAAGUGGAGUUUUUCCAGGCAGGUCGCGAGCUCCAUUUGGACUUACGGCGGAAGAUAGAGAGCGAGGGUGGUGUGACGUUCAAGGACAACAAAGCGCCACCUGAGUUGACGUACAUGAGCAACCCUGACAACUUAGCUAGGGGGUCAUUUGUUCUGCGAAAUGGAGAUGGCGACGAAGUGCAUGCUAUGGUCGAGGGAGCUAUCCGCAUGGUGCGAGAUGGAAAAUCUAUCGGGACUUCAUUUUUUAGCCUCUGGAUGGGUCCAUCGACAGAUGCACCGCAUAUCAUGUUCGAGUGGUUCAUGUCGGAAAAACGCGUCUUUUUCCUAAUGGACCUUAAACCCCGCAGAGAUUUGGUUCUUCAUGUUGACUAUCUGGAUGAGGUGUAUAUGAAUAGUGGUUUGGAAGAACUCCGCAAUCGCUGUGACAAAGAUGAAAGGAUGAAGAAGUAUCAUUUGACGAGAUUAUACGCGCAGCAUUCGUUUUCGCCAUCGUACCUCGCAUACACGGUGGCAUUGUCAGAUGAUCCCAUCAACAAGGAUGAGGGUGGGGAGGAAGAUGGGGGGCCUAUGCCCAGGGCAUUGAGGGAGGUAGUGAGGCCCAUUGCACUCGAGUGUCUCGAUAUUUGGUUGUCGCUUCGAAGAAGUCGGGCAAAUAAUGUGUCGAGCAGCAGCGAUAGGGAAAGCCUGGCGAGGAGGGAUUACGUGCACCGUGCAGAAACUAUCCGGAGGGAGGAGGGACUCGAGCGGACUUUCGGGGUGGAGUUGGCUUCCAAACUCAAAGAUGCGAUCAAGUCGGUGUAAAUAAACCCAGCAUGUAAUAAGCACUGUCAGGUAAAAAGGACCAAGCGUGCAAAAGCACAAUUAUUGCUGAUCUUUUUGUUGCAGGGUUCUUUUGCUUUUUUCUAUUAAACCACCAGUACUUGGCCCAGCUAUCGGCUGCGGGGAAAAAAUAGAGUAGAAACAUUUCUAGCCGGAUCAGGCCCAGAUGAAUUUGGCCGCUCCUGUAGUUGCGCGUACAUGCCUUUUAAAUGGACAGGAAGUGCUGAGUAGGUCUGGGUAGUAGGUACUUAGGCAGUCUCCCACUGCCUGGAAAAUUCGGUUUCUGGCCCAUUGCGAAGCCUCUGGCUCUGAUUACUUAAUUGUCAUUCUUAUGCUUGCCGGUGAUAAGCAACCGGACUGGUGCCCUCCAGAACAUAAAGGGGUUGCUUUGUCUUUAAACAACAACAACAACAACAACAACAACAAAAAAAAAAAAAAAAAAAAAAANAAAAAAAAAAAAAAAAAAAAAAAAAAAAAAACGUUAUUCCAGUGUCACCGUUUUUGAGGGAUGGUCGUCGGCCUUGGCUGCUCUGGUACCUUCCAUUGUUUUUCUUGAUCCCGGGAUCUUCCCGGUUAUUUGUAGGACUCUUGAUUUGGAAUCUACGGCGGUACCUUCUUAGCUAAUAGCUAAGAUGUUUCGAGACGGUGCUAUCAGUGAUCUCUCUCUGGUUGUGAAGCCCCUGUCUGGUAGGUCUGCCUUGUAUGACGAAGUACUCUUGGCUCUGGUCUACGUCUUAAACCGCUAGUACACGGGCCCAGCCUUGCAGAAAGUUUUUUGUCGCCACAAGCAAAACGCGGAGCCACCGCGCGGCCAGGCCGGCCGUUGAAAAAAAAAAGUCGGCGGCCUCCCAAGUGGUGCGGGUUUCAUGCUGACAACCGCAGGCCGAUAUGUGGCGUACUGGUGGUUUAAAUACGAGAUGAUUUGAUACAUCAAUAGGCACUCUAUCAUGACGAUGAUGUAGACCCCUGGUUAGUCCGGUUCCGACGCCGGAUGAAACAUGUAGGGUCAGCGUCAGAGGUGUUCAACCAGGAUUUUGACGAUACGGGCACAACGCCUA